AUGACAAUAUUACUGCAAAAUAAGCGACAGAAGAAUAUGUAUAUAAAUAAUAAUGGAAUUAAAAAUCUUGAUUUUUUGAAAUUUGUACCAAGCCUGGAAAAAUUGAUAUUAAGAAACAACGAAAUAACUGAUCUGCAGCGUAGAAAUUUUGAAGGUUUACGGGAAUUAAGACUGCUGGAUUUAUCGAAAAAUGGAAUAUCAUACAUACCUAAUGACACCUUCGUACCUCUUAAGAACUUAACCACGCUGCUGUUCGACGAUAACCGUUUAACAGAAUUUGAUGCCAGUAUCAUCUGUGAAAAUACUAACAUAAAAGAAUUAAGUUUUCAAUCAAAUCAGAUUCAUACUAUGGUAGAUAAAAGUUGCAUUGGCGGAUAUAAAAGAUUAAAUAUUAUAAAUUUCAACAAUAAUUCACUGGAUGAUCGAUUCAGUAGAGCACUAAAUGCCAUUAAAAGUGAAGUUUUGAUAAAUUUAUAUGACCUAAAUAUCGGUCGAAACAAGAUUGCUCAUUUCCCGGAAGUACUUCUUCGCGCUACUAAAUCAAAUUUACGUUUCAUAAAUAUUGGCUUUAAUAAGAUUGGCAGAAUAGAUGUUACGAAAAUUAUUAGUGGCUUUCAAUAUUUUAACUAUAUUGAGUGUAAGACUAAUAAAAGGCGUAUCUGUCGCUAUUACUCCCUCAACAUUGCAGGAAGUAAUUUAAGUUAUCUAGAGUCAGGAACUUUUGCUCAUAUUCAAGAUAGUAUGGGAGCAUUGAAUCUGAAUGAUAAUAAGCUAAAAAGGCUAGAUAUCUCGGAUUUAGUGAAUAUUACGAACGAUAUAUUAAAGCAUCUGCACUUAGCAAAUAAUUAUCUAACAACAAUAACUACCAAGAAUAAUAUACAAUUGAAAGCUCUAUCACAUCUGCAAGUGGACAACAAUGGUAUAAAAAUAUUGCGAUCGAACUGCUUUUUUGGCUAUACUAAAUUGUACAGUGUAUCGUUAAUUAAGAAUCCCUUAGUUCAAGUCAGUACAGCUUCGUUCCUUAUUACACCGAAAUUGAAACAAGUAUUUUCUACAAGAGAAUAUUUAUGCUGUAUUGUACCUCCUACAGUUUCAUACUGUACCCCUUACAUUGAACAAGAUGCUUUUACGACUUGUUCAGAUAUCUUAUCCCAUCAAUCUCUUCAGUUGUUUGUGUGGGUAGUUGGAUCAUUAGCAUUAGUUGGCAACGCAAUAGUUAUCUAUUUUCAAAUGUUUAAAGUCAAGAAGAGUUCUGAACCUGUUCCAGCGAUGCUUAUUACCAAUCUAGCAUUUUCUGAUCUAAUGAUGGCCGGCUAUAUUUUAAUUAUUGGCAGCGUAGAUUUAUUUUACCGCAAUUAUUACGCCGUUAACGCUGAAAUCUGGUUACGCAGUUUCACAUGUAUCCUUGCUUGUUUUCUGUGCUGUACAGCAAGUUUAAUGUCAGUAUUUAUGAUGAUUACAAUCAGCAUUGAUAGAUAUAUUUACAUCGCAUUCCCAUAUUCAAACAAGAAUCUUUCGCCAAGCCUAACCAAAUGGAUCAUUACUAUACUCUGGAUAUUUAGCAUCGUAUUUGUCAGUAUACCAGUUGGUUAUAGUAUUAAUGCAAAUGGCGAUAUGAGACUAUACGAAUAUACGAGUAUCUGCAUGGCAAGCAACUAUAACAAUUACUAUUAUCGUAUAUGGCUCAUUUCCUACGUGGUAAUCACGUUAAUUUGCUGGUUAAUCACCUGCUUUCUUUAUGUGCACAUGUUUAUCGCAAUUUAUAAAACCUCUAAAGCUGUUUCAGCAGUUUCUCAUAAUAAUAGUAAACGAAUUGCAAUUAGAUUAUUCGCUAUUGUUAUCACUGAUUUAAUAUCGUGGUUACCAUAUUACGUUUAUAUGGCUCAGAUUAUGGUUAAGCCAACCAUUGCUGGCAGUGUUGUCUUGCAAUUUGCGAUUGUAUUAGCAUUGCCUAUUAAUUCUGCAAUUAAUCCAUAUUUAUACACCGUCAGCAGCCCAACAUUUAUAAGAUCGGCUAAACAUCGCAUCAUAAAAUGGGGUUGUGUAACAAGAAUAGUUCCAAAUAAUACUAAAGAAAUAGAAAUUGGAAUUAAUAAAGACGAAAAUAUUGGAUUGCGAACAUUUAGCAGCAAGUCUAACGACAAUAUUACAGCUUCCACUAAAGAUUGUUUAAGCAAGUAG